CACUGUAAACCUUUGAAGAUGGCUGAAUGUGAAACAGCUAAAUUGUUUUUUACUUAUUGUACUAGAAGAGUGAUGCAUUUAGAAAACUAGCAAGGCUGUUGAAAAUGUUGAAAUGUCUGUAAGUCAUUCUUUAUCAUAAUUGAUUGUCAUUGCAACUGAUACAAUGAAAUGUUAUUUAAUUGUAGUGAUACUGACAAUUCUUCAGUCACAAAAAAUGUUUGAUCCAACUUUGAUGGGGUAUUUUUGAAGCUCUGUGUUAAAGUUAAUGUUUUCUUUGGAUAUGUAAUGUAAACGUUCAACAUUAAAGGGUUUUAUUACUGGUUUUUCUGAAGAUAUGUUGUGUAUUUGUUGAAGUUGAUAAUAUUUUGUGAAACAAAUUAAGGAUUCAUUAUGAACCCAAUCCUUUCUAGAAAUGAAAUAUUGCUUUUUCAGUCUGUUAUUUUCACAAUUACACGACCUUUCAGAGAAGCUACACAAUAACAGCAUUUUUAAUAUCAAAAAGUGAAAUGUUCCCCUACAACACUCUCUUGUUCCUGCCUGGCUUGUUUAUUUCACUCUAUUUUACCUUGAACCUUUUCCAAAACAUAGAUUGGUACCUUUCAAACCAGAACUAUGAUAGUUUGAUUAACUUGAUUUAGAAUUUUCCUGCAACCAGAAAACAUGUAAAUGGGCUGCUGACAAAAAAAAAUUCAACAACUGACUUUUUUUCUUUCUGUAUCUAUUUCAUAGGUACUGACAGGAAGCGGAGAAUAAAAGCAGUUUUUGGUUUGUCCUGUGAGACUCACUGAGUACUUGGUAAACUGAUGCUGCUCCUUAUUUUCAUGGAUGAGCCACCCAUCUGUCAUCCAGCGUAAGUGUGAGAUUGUCUUACCCUUGUUGUCCAAGGCUUUACGCUGGCUGAAUUACAGCCAUGGAGGUGGCGCUGGUCGACUUUGAAAGCCUUGAGGAAAUGGAUGGCAGCCUUGAAGAUGAGGUGGACACCUAUGCCAAUGAGACAACAGCUCUCACAGCAGACAUGCCCUCAGAGCACAGCAACCCAGACAUCAACUACCUCCUACGAACUCCUCAACAGUCCUCAACACCUUGCCUUCAUAACCCUGUGACCUCUUACAUUUGGGAAUCCACCUCAUCUUCACCUGUUCCUCCACCACAGAAACUGGGAGCACCUCAGUCCCCAACAAUACCAUCCCCAAACAGAAAAGGUCAUCCUAGCUGUGCCAGCAUGAUGUCUAACUGGAAGUUGCUGUUAAAUACUGAAGGAGCAAAGGAGAGUGAGACAAUCUUCAGUCGACUUACUAAAGAGUGCUGCGAGGAGCUGUUUCUAGAUAGGCAAGGGUUGGAUGAUGGUGACCAGAAGAUUAUUUUCAACAUUGCUGGCCUACGCUUUGAGACACAACUUAAAACACUGGACCAAUUCCCUGACACACUUCUCGGAGACCAUUUGAAGAGGAUGGACUACUUUGAUCCAAUGAGGAACGAAUACUUCUUUGAUCGAAAUCGACCAAGUUUUGAUGGGAUCUUGUAUUACUACCAAUCUGGAGGUAAAAUCAGAAGACCAGCAAAUGUUCCCAUUGAUGUGUUUGCAGAUGAAAUUGUAUUUUAUGAGCUUGGGAGCGAGGCCAUGGAGCAGUUCAGAGAAGACGAGGGAUUCAUUAAAGAUGUUGAUAUCCCACUGCCUAAAAAUGACAUUGCUAGGCAAUUCUGGCUGCUGUUUGAGUACCCAGAGAGCUCCAAUGCAGCACGAGGUGUUGCUCUGGUUUCAGUCCUAGUCAUUGUCAUAUCCAUCAUUAUUUUCUGCAUGGAAACCCUGCCAAUUUUCAGAGAUGAUUCUGAUCCAGUUGUUCCCACAGCAGUGAAGUUCAACCAAUCAAAACUCCACCCCACUGCUUCUCCAUCUGGUGCAAAGCUCAAAACAUUAUCUGACCCUUUUUUCUUCAUUGAGACUGCCUGCAUCGCUUGGUUUGCCUUUGAGCUGUGUGUUCGAUUUGUGGUGUGUCCAAGCAAAAGAGAGUUUUUCCACAACCUCAUGAACAUCAUUGACAUUAUAUCCAUCAUCCCUUAUUUUGUAACUUUGAUCACAGAAUUGGCCACAACACCUGAAGAGAACACUGGACAAAACAUGUCUCUGGCUAUAUUGCGCAUCAUUCGCCUGGUCAGAGUGUUUCGUAUUUUCAAACUGUCACGACACUCCAAGGGACUACAGAUCUUGGGUCAGACUCUUAAGGCCAGCAUGCGUGAGCUUGGUCUGCUCAUCUUCUUCCUCUUCAUUGGAGUGAUCCUCUUUUCCAGUGCCAUCUACUUUGCUGAAGUAGAUGAGCCUAACACACAGUUUGUCAGUAUACCCGAAGGCUUCUGGUGGGCAGUGGUCACCAUGACUACUGUAGGAUAUGGAGACAUGUGCCCCAUAACCCUGGCAGGCAAGAUCGUGGGCACCUUGUGUGCCAUAGCAGGUGUGUUGACAAUUGCUUUGCCUGUUCCUGUCAUCGUUUCCAACUUUAACUACUUCUACCACAGAGAGACAGAAGCAGAGGACAAGGUUCCUAUGGCGGAGGCUCUUGAGCAAGCCAUGAAGGCCGAGGAAAGUAAUAAACAAGACAGCAAUACUUCAGUCAAUAAAGCCAAUGGCGUCUAACUGAAUGAAGGGAAAUAUAAAUUAAAGUAUAGAAGUCCCAUGGAGCAAAAACAAUCUUUUUAGAAGUGUGAAAUGUACGUGUUGUGAAAUCCAAAGAAUGGUCAAUAUGGAUCAGAUAAAUGCUAAUUGUUCCUGUGGAAAAAUUGUUUUAUAACGGCAAGCAGUUGUACCACUUUUACCUCUUUUGUUUUCUUAUAUGAAAAUAGCACAUAUGUGGAUUUGCUUGUAGAUUCACCAAAAUCAUGUUCUGGGCUUUUCAUUAAUAUAUGCUAUUUUAGGUUCACUUUGCAGUAUGUUGUGGUAGACUCAUAUAGACAGAAAAAAACUCCUUCAUUUCUCAUGAACAUAUUUUAGAUGUUUUCAAUGUUUCUUUGGUCUUACUGUCAUAAUUUUGGUCAGAUCACAUGACCUAUUUUGCCCACUAUUUUAAUGCGAUUUGAGCCUAAUGGAUGUUUGCUGAAACCAUAAAAUGCAUGUUGAGACACAUUUAACAUGUAUGUAAUUACAGGUAAAGCCUGGACAAAUCCUAAAUGUGCAUCAUAAUUAAACUGCAUUGCAUUGCCACUCAGUGCAUAGGCUUAUGGUAAUGACCAUUCUAAUUCCACUAAUGCACUUGUAUUCCUCAAAAGUGAAGCCAUGAUGCCCCGUUAACCCUCUGGAGGUAGGCAUUGCAGAUUUGCAACAGUUAAAACCUACCUACCUGGUUACUCCACAUACGUAUUUCAUGAGCAUUUUUUAACUCAGAAGUACCCCUGAAGAACUUAGUUGUUCGUCCUUUCAUCAAAACUUGUUUUGAGCCUGAGAGGAUUAAAAAGAGCUGCCAUGUGGAGCUGAUUGUUUAAAAAAAUGUUAGGAAAUAUUGUAUUUGGAGAUGCAACAUCUGGAUAAGAACUAUGAAAAUGAACAAAAGUCAAAAUCAGAAAAAAAUUAUCUGAAAUGUAUUGUUAUUUUUUAGCCAAGAAAAUGUUCCACUUAUUUGCAUGGAGUGACUAAUACAGAAGACAGCCACAAGGAGAACAUGUUUUAUUUUGAACACAUUGUUCACAUCCUGUUUCUUUGGAUAGUGAUUUCCUAAAAUUUGUUGGGAGAGGACUAGCUUACUGUAUUAGUGUCCUUCAUACAUUCUUCACAAAUUCAACAAAGAAAUGGGGCAUUUAUGCCUGUUUUAAAUAGUCUUAUGUUUUGUUGAAUGCAAAAUACAUGUUUUAUAUUCAACAGGAAGGAUGACCUAUUUUAAAAACAAUAAGACUAAGGUUGUAGAAAUUAAGCUAAAUAAUCAGACUUUUCCAUUAACUUGCAUUUAUAUUGAUUGAAAUGUAGCCCUUCUGUGCUUGCUACAUUGAAAUUGUACUGCUUUUCAUUUCCUUUUAUAUUCUGCUGGCAUACAGCUUCUCCAAUAACUGUUAAUUGUCUAAUUACCAUUCAUUAUAAAGGAGUGCCUUAAGUUGCCAUAAUGAAAGGUAAUACCUGUUCAUUUACCACAUACAGUAUGCUAGAUUAUUCUGAUUUCACCAUGCUUGGCACAGCACUGUAGCAAUGUUAAUGCAAAUGAUUUAAUUAAAAAACUAAAUUAAUUAAUGCUUUUACAAAUAAGAUUGAACAUUUCUACUGCAUUAUUACCCAAAUUGUCAAGGAACCACAGAAGCAUUUUUCUAGUUUUGUUUUACUUCUGUUUUAUGUUCUUUUCAUAAAAACACUUGGAAACUGAAUUAUGACCUUUAGCCUUCAUUCAAGUCAAACAAGAGUAAUAAAGGGAACCUAAAAAGAAUUUUGACCAACAUGCUGAUGAGUCAUCUUUUGAUGAAAGUGUAAUAGUGCUGUUUCAAUGCAAAAUAUUGUGUUUGGAGAUUAUUUUACAUGUUUUCCUACCAUGAAAUACAUUUUUGAAUGCAAGUGAUGUGUUAUCUCAAAUGAACAUGUAAUGUCUACAUUUCUGGUUGAGCUCAUGUUUAAAUAAAAAUAAAAUUGUGUCAAGUAAAGUUAAGUGUUUGUGAAUAACACCAGUCAACAACAGAUGAAUCCAUUGUUUUGCUCUAUGCUGCACUUUUUUCAAAUGACAUAUUUCUAUGGUUGCGUGUGUGUUUUUAACAUACCUAUUGGAAAUAAAAAUGUAAGUUUGCAUGCGACAGGUUUGUUCAUACAACCAGUGCCACAGCAUCAAAAUGUAGUUUUGCAUUUAUUCUUAAACGGCUCUUGUGAUUUUAUAAUCUUGAAACCAAUCUAAAAACUUUGAGUUGGUCUACAGUUGGAGCUGCAUCUUUGUGAUUUGUCCAAUGAUUUAUUUGUUUGGUUGUGAGUGGGAACCAAUCAAAGCAGAACAAUCCACAACCCACAUAUUCACACCUUUUUGUCAAUGGUUUAGCCUUUACAGCAAAGUAGAAUCCAGUAAUUCAGGAAGUGGGAAGAAAGCAGAGCUUGACCAAGCCUUGUCAGAGCAUCCUGGCUUAAUUGGUUACAAGGUGCCAAAGCCAAGAUGAGAAGGAGCAACUAAAUCAAGCCAAGUGUCAGUAAUCCUAAACGUGGAUGUAUGCCCAUCUUCAAGGGACCACAUUGUUGAUCAGAGAUUAACUGAGGCUGAUAGAACAUUUGCAUGCUUCCUACUUCACUUUAAGUCUGUAACAGAAAAUAAUGAAAGCUUAUGUGGCAUCAAAGCCCAGCAGAGCCUAUAUGUAAAAGAAUAAGCACGAUCCAGAUAAGAAAAAAACUGCGAAAAACGGUGUGAGAAUCUACAAAAUGAAUGCAUUUAGUAUUUAACAAUCAAUUACACCAUUCUGAGAAUCAGCUUCUCUAAAUCUGAGAUCAUGGUCUUGAGUCGCAAAAUGGUAGAAUGCCUUCUCCAGGUCAGGGAUGAGGUUCUGCCCCAAGUGGAGGAGUUUAAGUAUCUCGAGGUCUUGUACAUGACUGAGGGAAAGAUGGAGCUCGAGAUCCACACGUUCUCACACCUGAAGUGGCUAAAAGACGAUGGUUGACCAAGCGUUUGUUUCCAACAUUCUGGGGGGCGAUGCGCUGUGCCAGAGCGUCAUUUUCCAACACCCGCGGUAAAACGGAGAUUUCUCCAAAUUGUGGCCUUUUCUUUGUCACCCCUCACCCCUAUCCUAACCUUAACCCACGUGUGCAUGCAAAACUUUGUUCCUAGUUAAAACGUCCCUCUCCAACAUGGUUAACAAGAAGUUUAGAAUGGGAAACUGAGUUAAGGUUAGGAUGGGGGUGAGGGGAAGGUUAAAUAGCAAGAGGUUAGAGGUUAAAUGUUGGUGAAAUUUGCAUGCACACGUGGGCUUCAGAAACCUACGCUCUGGCACCGCGCGGUGCCUCCCAACGUGUUGGGACUCCCAACGUGUUGGAAACAAACGCUUGGUCACCCAUCAUCAGUUUUUGCCACUUCGGGUGUGAGAAUGUGUUGGCGAGAUCAACAGGCGGAACAGUACUGCGUCUGCAGUUAUGCCGGCAUUGUCACAUUCUCUAUUGUAUGUUGACUCUGUAUUUCAUCUAACUGUGUUACUUGUUUUUUUAACACAGCAAAAAGUUGUUUUUGCCUUGUAUUUGUCAAUGUUUCAACUAACACUAUAGUUUUCUGAAGCUCUGAGGAAGACCACUGAUAUAGUCCAUUUCUCAAUAAACUCAUUAUUCAAUUACGCAAGUCUGUAGGAUGUUGAAUUGUUUCUUAUUUUCUUUUAUGAACAUUGUGGGGGAAUGUGUUCACUUAAGUUUAGGUUUUGGGCUUAGGCUUAUUCAGAUAUGAACAUCUGCCAUGUGGGAUUUUAAAAAGUUCGAUAUUUGGACCUUUGUUAGUCUCUGUAUACAUUAUGUCCUUAGGUGGCUUCUUGUGCAAGCAUGGUAUUUAGUUUAUUUUUCAUUGCCAGCUGUGUUUAACACUGGACAAGUCUGAUGGUCAUCUGACAGCAGCACUGGGUGGGGAUCACUGACCAACCCUCCAGUGGCUCUGUUCCUACCUUCAGGGCUGGAGCUUCUGUGUUAGGAUGGGUGAAUCCUCCUCUCCUUGGGUGGGACUCCACUGGGGCGUGCCUCAGGACUCUGUUUUAGUUCCCCUUCUGUUUGCAGUAUAUCCCCUACUCCUCUGGGGAUUCUCCUUCAUUAACAUUGUGUCCAAUUCCAGGUCAUAGAAGGUGCUAAAUGAAUAAUUUAAUGAACAAAUGAAUAAAUGACUAUUAAAAAACGUUUAGA